ACGUAGCUGAAUGAAACAGUAUUACCGAAAUGACAAGAUGGCACGUCAGCAGCAAGCAGACGUCGACGAACUUUUCGACGUGAAAAAUCACUUUUAUAUUGGAAACUAUCAGCAAUGUAUCAACGAAGCACAAAAAAUAAAGUCAUCUUCGCCAGAGGUGACGAUGGAACGAGAUGUGUUCCUCUAUCGUGCGUACAUAGCGCAACGAAAAUUCCGUGUUGUGCUAGAUGAAAUUAAUAAUUCUUCCCCUCCUGAUUUACAACCACUGAAAAUGUUGGCGGAUUAUUUUGCGAAUCCUGCUCGCAGAGAGGUGAUUGUCACCGAAUUGCAACAAGCGACCAACCGCGCUGAUUACGAUAAUCAUAACUUCCUAAUCGUUGCUGCAACCAUCUACUAUCAUGAAAAGAACUUAGAGGCAGCACUUAGGAUACUUCGUAAUGUAGAUCACUUAGAAUGUCUAGCCCUAACGCUACAGAUUUACUUAAAAAUGGAUCGAUUAGAUCUUGCAAAGAAAGAGUUGCUAACUAUGCAGGAGAAGGACGAUGAUGCCACUCUGACACAACUAGCACAGGCAUGGCUAAAUAUAAGCAGUGGUGGAGAUAAGUUACAAGAUGCUUAUUACAUAUUUCAAGAUAUGAUAGACAAACAUUCCAGUACGAGUAUGUUAUUAAAUGGUCAAGCUACUUGUUUCAUUGGGCUAGCUAAAUAUGAAGAAGCUGAAACAGCUUUGCAAGAAUCUUUGGACAAAGAUAGUAACAAUCCAGACACUUUAAUCAAUAUGAUUGUCCUUUCUCAGCAUAUGGGAAAGCCGCCUGAAGUUGCUAAUCGUUAUUUGAGUCAACUGAAAGAUUCACAUUUGGAACAUCCAUUUGUUAAAGAAUAUUUACAGAAAGAGAUAGAAUUUCAAAGGCUCAGGAAACAGUAUUCUUCAUCCACCUAAAUCAUACCAAAUCAUAGCAUUUUAUGAAUUAAGGUUUAAACAGAAGUAUCAAAAACAAUGUAAUAAUACAAAUUCUAGAUGCAAAGUGCUAUGAGGUUAGAGUGCUAUUGCAGGGUAAAACGCACUUCUACAUGAAUUCGAGUCCUUGUUCUCUGUAGAGGAAUAUUCAUUUCCUUUUUUUCAGUUUAGUGAUUUUAUACGAGGUAUUUCACUUUUGCAUGAAAUUUUUACAGUAAUUGGCAAAUAAAAAAGAUAGAUGAACGAAACAAUUUACAAUUUUUACAUAUAUAAUUAAGAAGACGUAUAAAAGAAAUAUAAUUAGGUAUCUACUCUUCAUCCACUCUCUCAAUAAAAUAUUUAUAAGAAUUAACAAUAUGGCUGCCAUUUUAUAUUACAGUUAUAAGACAAAUCUAUGAAACGAAUAUCAGAUAAAAUUUCAAUUUGCAUGCAUUUUGACAUACAUUAAACGAGAAUGUAUGUGUUAAUACAAAUUUCAUCUCAUAUAUUAUUACAGUAUAACGACUUAUUCCAUAUAUGGGUAUAUUGAUAACAAAAAGAAGCAUGAAAUAUACAUUCAACUAAAUCAA